AUGUCCGGUCAAGCAGGAAGCGAAGAGACUCGCCAGAGAACUGCCCUCGAGGAGUAUGAGCAAUCUAGCGAGGGCAGGCCCCCAUUCAUUCUAACAUAUGCCGAGAUGAAACUCCUGGGUAUUACUGGGGUUGGCUUUUUCUUGGAUGCUUAUGACUUGUUCAUCAUCAAUCCCGUAUCUACCAUGUUGCAGUACAGGCUUUACCCAAAUGGCACCAUGCCCGCCAACCUGCAAGGAUUAUUGAAAGCCUCUGCCAAUAUCGGAAGUGUGAUCGGCCAGUUUCUGUUUGGAUACUGUGCUGAUGCUUUCGGGAGAAAGGCAAUCUACGGAAAAGAGCUUAUGCUCAUCAUCCUUGCGACUAUCCUCUGCAUUUCUACACCUACAGGCACGCUCUCCCCGAACGGAUCCCUAAUUUACUUGACGAUGUUCCGUAUCUUACUUGGUGUCGGUGUCGGUGGCGACUACCCCAUGUCCGCCUCUGUGACAAGUGACCGUGCAACAAUCCGUAAGCGUGGAACCAUGCUCGCAUACAUCUUCGCGAAUCAAGGAUGGGGCAGCUUCGUGGGGGCGCUGGUGACCAUUAUCGUUCUGGCAUGCUACAAGCACGUCAUGAAUGAUGAAGGUGAGACAUCCAAGGUCGAUGGAGUGUGGAGGAUCGUCAUUGGAUUAUCGCUCAUUCCGGCUUUCGGGACACUCUACCAGCGCUUGACCCUCCCAGAGUCUACGCGUUACAAGAAGUCGCAGGAGGCUGAACUGAUUGAACAGGGCGAUUUGAAGAAGGAGAAAAUGGGGGUCGAAGUUGGUGUUCAUACUACUGAAUCUGAAUCAAGCGUCGAUGAGGGACCUUCUGUGCCUGCAGCAAAGAAGCCUCACUUUCUAGAGGUCAUCAAGUACUUCUCCGAAUGGAGGCACCUGAAGAUACUUAUUGGAACUUGCUCAUGCUGGUUCCUACUAGAUGUUGCUUUCUAUGGGAUCAACUUGAACACAAAUGUGGUGCUUGCCGAGAUAGGUUUCGCCGGCAAAACGGGCACGCCCUGGGAGAAACUCUUCAAGGUCGCCACGGGAAACAUCAUCAUCACUGCACUAGGAUUCGUGCCAGGCUACUACGUGACUGUGCUCACCAUUGAGAAGCUCGGCCGCAAGCCCAUUCAACUCAUGGGAUUCUUGAUGGAAGCUCUGUUCUUGGGCAUCUUGGCUGGGAAAUUCUAUACCUUGAGCACUGCAGCGUUCAUAGUAAACUUCACCCUGCUCCAGUUCUUUUUCAACUUCGGGGCCAAUGCCACUACCUACUGUUAUCCCGCCGAGGUGUUCCCCACCCGAUACCGAGCGUUUGCCCACGGCGUGUCCGCGGCAUGCGGGAAAACAGGAGCAAUCAUAUCCGCUCUUGUGUUUAAUUCUCUCACGGACUCGAUUGGUACACCUGCUGUGCUUUGGAUUUUCGUCGGUUGUUCAAUUCUCGGUGCCGCUUUCACUUUUCUUUUACCUGAGGUUGCUGGUCGUGACCCAGAUGCGAUCCUCGCACAGGAGCAGAGAGAACAGCAAUAA